GGCUGGUGGAACGCAUUUCUCCGAACAUUUCUCUACUGUAAAAUUUCUAUAGUGCACGAAAGUUUCAUUCAAAGGGAAUUAGAGAUCCUCAGACGACAAUAUAGAAGAUGGCAAAUCUCAACCAUUUACGAAAACCUCUCGCAGAAUGCAAGAUUAAAAUAAAUGAUAAGAACAUUAACUACAUAAGAGUCGGCACAGGUGAUCAUCCGGUGCUGCUGUUGCCAGGCGCUUUAAUGUCAAUAUGGCUCGCUUACAAAUCUCAAAUAGAAGGUUUGAACGCGGACAAACUAACCAUAGUGGCAUGGGACCCACCCGGUUAUGGAAAAUCACGGCCACCUGACAAAACUUUCCAGGAUGAUUACCGUCAACGUGAUGCUGAGUACGCCCACACUUUAAUGAAAACUCUCGGCUACUCGAAAUUUUCUUUAAUCGGCACGAGCGACGGCGGCGUCACAUCGCUCCUGCUUGCCUCGAUGUAUCCUGAAAGCAUCCGCAAGAUGAUUGUUGUCAGCUCAAAAGCGUACAUGCAUCCAGACGAAUUACAGACAAUUCAGCGUUAUAGAAACAUCAACCUGUGGCCCGAAAAAGUAAAGGCACCUCUCAUUCAAUUCUACGGCGAGGACUAUUUCAAAAAGAUGUGGUCGCUCUUUUCAGACUAUAUUCAGGAAGAGUACAGAAAGCACAACGGCGACUUGUGCAAACAAAUUUUAUCGAAAAUUAAGUGUUCGACUCUAAUCAUUCACGGAGCCAAAGACGAAAUUACCCCACUGGAAUGUUCAAAAUAUCUAAAACAAAACAUCGCCAAUUCAAAACUGCAUAUUUUUGAAACGGGCACACAUAAUCUGCAUUUACAUCAUAGCGAAAAGUUUAAUAAUUUGGUUACGAAUUUCCUCCUUGGGCCUCAAUCGAAAACGUGAUGUGUUAUCAUCAUAUUUAUGUAUCAUAUUUAUAUAGAGGGUGA